CUUUAAUUGCCAGGCAGAAUGUCAACUUCCAACAUUAGUGAUGACAGUCUCCCAGCAAUGCUCUUUCUGACGGGGAUCCCAGGGCUGGAGCGAGCCCACAUCUGGAUUGCCAUCCCCUUUUGUGCCAUGUAUAUGGUAGCCCUGGCUGGGAAUGCUGCCCUCAUCUUGGUGAUUGUCACGGACAAGGCACUGCAUGCACCCAUGUACAUCUUCCUUUGCCUUCUCUCAUUCACUGACCUGGCGCUCAGCUCCACUACUGUACCCAAAAUGCUGGCCAUUUUGUGGUUCCAUGCUGGUGAGAUUUCCUUUGGUGGCUGCCUGGCCCAGAUGUUUUGUGUCCAUUCUAUCUAUGCUCUGGAGUCUUCGAUUCUUCUUGCCAUGGCCUUUGAUCGAUAUGUGGCUAUCUGCAACCCACUGAGAUACACAGUCAUCCUCAACCACACAGUCAUAGGCAAAAUUGGCCUCGUUGGGCUGUUUCGUAGUAUAGCCAUUGUCUCCCCCUUCAUCUUUUUAUUGAAGCGCCUGCCCUACUGCCAGCACCGUAUCAUGGCACACACCUACUGUGAGCAUAUGGGCAUUGCUCGACUCGCCUGUGCCAACAUCACUGUCAAUAUUGUCUAUGGGCUGACCGUGGCCCUGCUGGCCAUGGGCCUGGAUUCUAUUCUCAUUAGUAUCUCCUAUGGCUUUAUACUCCGUGCUGUCUUUCGUCUUCCAUCCCGAGAUGCCCAGCACAAGGCCCUGAGUACCUGUGGCUCCCAUCUUGGGGUCAUCCUGGUCUUCUACAUCCCUGCCUUCUUCUCCUUUCUCACCCACCGUUUUGGCCAGCACCGAGUCCCCAAGCAUGUGCACAUCUUUCUGGCUAACCUCUAUGUGCUGGUGCCUCCUGUGCUCAACCCAGUCAUCUAUGGGGCGAGGACCAAGGAGAUUCGGAGUCGACUCCUAAGACUGCUUCGCCUGAAGAAGAUUUCAGUAUGAAUUCUGAGAAAACGUUGGAAAUGAGAAUAAUAAAUUUGUAAGGUAGCUAUCUAGAUGCAUUUACAUG